CGUUUCGUGCGUCGGUUUUCUCAGAGAUUCGUAAAAAGUAAGGGAAUAAUGGCAGCCGCAGCAGAGGGACGAGUCAUUCGCUGUAACACCAUUGAUUCAUGGAACCAACAAAUUCAGAAGGGCAAUGCCUCUGAGGAGCUGAUAGUUGUGGAUUUCUCUGCAUCAUGGUGCGGUCCAUGUCGGUUCAUUGAACCUUUUCUAAACCAGCUUGCUCAAAAAUUUCCCACUGUCACAUUUCUAAAGGUUGAUGUGGAUGACCUUGAGUCUGUAGCUAAGGAUUGGGGGGUGGAGGCAAUGCCUACUUUCAUGUUCCUGAAAGAGGGAAGAAUUGUGGACAAAGUGGUUGGAGCUAAGAAGGAAGAACUGCAGCAGACUGUAUUCAAGCAUAUGUCUGCUACUGCUUCUGCUUGAUACUCAAUCAUGGACGAUUGGGCUCUGUAGUAGGAUAUAAAGGACUUUACUAUACUAGGAAACCGCCAUAAUUUUCAAUUCUUGGUUACCAACUCCUAUCCGCUUGCUUUGUUAUUACGAGUGAACAUGGUGUAUUCUCCCUUUAGAAGUGGCUUUUAUUGCUUGUCUUUUCUUCUUCCUUAUAAGUGAAAAACAUUGUCAUUUUUGCAUUACUUUAAUUGGGAUUUGGAAUCUGAUAUUCAAGUGAGCCA